AUGGUGAAAAGUGAUUGUAAGAAGAGAUUAGUGGCGAUACAAGAUAAGGACGUUCAGAUCGAACUAACAGCAAUCACGUUCGAUGAUCAACAGACGAAUACUCAGCAACAUGCAAUGAGCAAAGACGUUGAAAUCAAGAGCGGUUCGCCGCACAAGUUUGACAAUCUAGACCUGAAUAUGAAUGGAGAAGAAUUACCAGAUCAAACACAAGCGGCGGCAGUAAUGAUAGAUUCUGAUAACGCACCGGGUGACUCUAUGACAAACAAUCGUCGAAUCGUAGAAGCUAUCACCGAAGAAUCAAAUCUGAAAAUCAAGAACGUCAUGAACGAUAUCAGAGCCGAUCUUGGCCCUAUUGUUGGAUACGCUGCAGAGCCUUUGCUGCCACUUUUCAAAGCAUGUGCUCCGCUGACCAACGUUCUUUAUAAUUUAUCUUUCUACGUUCAAAUGGCACUCAAUGAAACCCCAGAAGUGCCACCCGAUGGACUAACAAUCGAUGAGAGCGCUGCAAUUCGUCUCUACACGAUCGAAUGGGAUGAACCACAUCAAAGUCUCUAUUCGACGCUCAAUUACACACUCCAUAAUUGCCCUUGCGUAGAUCUUCGACCCUAUUUCAAGUAUUUGAAAUUGUUCUUGACUGCGCUAGUCAAAUUACCAUGCGUCGCACAAGUUACCAUUUGGCGAGGAAUAACGAAAGAUUUGAGUGCAGAAUUUUCACCUGAUACCCUUGUGACAUGGCGGGCAUUUUCAUCAUGCACAUCUGCAUUGACUGUGUUGGAAAGCAACAUCUAUUUGGGUAAUACAGGCGCGCGAACACUAUUAUCUGUUGAAGUCAUCAAUGGUCGAACAAUACGUGCCCAUUCACAUUUUGCCACCGAAGAUGAAAUUCUUCUUCUGCCCGGCACUCGUAUGGUAGUUCAAUCACAGUUGAAUCCAGCGCCUGAUCUCUACAUCAUUCAUUUGAAACAAAUAAUACCGGAAGAAAUACUACUUGAGCCUCCUUUCGAAGGUGCACGCCUAUAUCCAAAAAUGAAACGUUAUUGGUAUCAAAAAAAGAGAUACACCCUGCCAAUAUGCCUAUUGGCGGCUUUUCUUAUCGGAGGCGCUAUAUUGGGCUCUAUUCUUGCUUCAAUACUUCGAAAAAACAACCCAGUUCUAGCAAAUGUGUGCAUGAAUCCUUACACAGCUUUCACUAUAUCUGAUACUGGGCAAUCUCCGAUUUCUGUGGUAUCUGGCUAUUUCAACAAUGAUAACAAACGAGAUCUAGCAGUACUCAAUCAGAAAGAUAAAAGUAUUGAUAUACUGUUAGGUAAUAAGGAUGGUACCUUUCCGACUCCAAUAACAGUUUUUACCGGUCUCGCUCCAUAUAUUGUGAUAACGGCUGAUUUUAAUAAUGACAAUAUACAAGAUCUGGCGGUGGGCAAUGCGAACGGUCAAUCCAUCAGUGUGCUACUUGGUAAUGGAGGUGGAACCUUUCAAAGUCAAACGCAAUAUUCGGCUGGAAAAGGAUCACGAUCUCUGAUAUCGGGUUAUUUCAACAACGAUACCUAUCUAGAUGUGAUAGUAGCUAACUAUGACGAUAACACGAUUAGUAUACUGCUUGGCAAUGAUGAUGGAACUCUUCAAGACCAAACGGUGCAUGCAGUUGGCAUAUCGCCAAACUCGGUAGCAGCUGGCGAUUUUAACAAUGAUAGUAAAUUAGAUAUAGCAGUGGUCAACCAGGGCAAUAAUACAAUAAGUGUGCUACUUGGCAAUGGAGAUGGAACCUUUCAAACUCUAGAUACGUAUCUCGUUGGCAAUUUUCCAGACUCGGCGAUUACGCGCGAUUUCAACAAUGAUAAACAUCUGGAUUUGGCAGUAGCAAACUUUGGCGACUAUAACGUCGGCGUGCUGCUUGGCAAUGGAAAUGGAACCUUUCAAGCUCAAAUCAUGUAUGAAGCUGGUAACGGUCCGAACAGUAUAAUAUCGGCUGAUUUCAACAAUGAUAACCAACUUGAUCUGAUAGUAGCUAACUGGUUCGAUAACGCUACCAGCGUACUCCUUGGCGAUGGAAAUGGAACUUUUAGUACUCCACAGGUUUACCGUGCUGGCUAUGCUCCAAGUGGUGUGGUAGCGGCUGAUUUUAACAAUGAUAACCUCCUAGAUCUAGCAGCGACCAACUUAUACGGUAACACCCUUAGUCUGCUUGUUAGAGUAGCGAACGGCAGUGUUCAGCCCAUGAUCCAGUAUGCAGCUGGUAUGUAUCCGAGGUCAAUCGUUGCGACUGAUUUUAAUGGUGAUAACAAAACAGAUCUGAUAGUAGUCAACCAAGGGGAUAGUGACAUUAUGUUGAUGUUGGGCAACGGUGAUGGCACCUUCCAAGGUAGACUUCCAUAUAUAAUUUUGCAAACACCCAGCUCUAUGGCACUAGGCGAUUUCAACAACGAAAACAAAUCCGAUUUGAUUCUGACCAAUCUCAACAGCACUGUUGAGAUUCUGCUUGACUAUUCAUAUGGAACCUUCUACACCAACUGGACGUUUGAUACUGGAGGAAGCCCGAGCGCUGCAAUAUCAGACGAUUUUAACAAUGAUAUGAAAAUGGAUCUGGCUGUGGCCAACAUGUAUAACAACAGUGUUAGCAUACUGCUUGGUUGUGGGAAUGGGACGUUUCAGAAUCAAAUGACGUUUCUAACAGGAAAAAUACCGGUUUCUUUAACAUCUGGUGAUUUCAACAACGAUAAGAAAAGAGAUCUAGCAGUGGCCAACAACGACGGUAGUAACAUAAGCGUGCUUUUUGGCAAUGGGGAUGGAACCUUUCAGUCGCAAUCGAUGUACAAAAGUGGAAUAAACUCCAAGUGUAUUAUAUCCGUUGAUUUAAACAACGAUAGAAUCUUGGACCUAGUAGUGGCAAACCAGGGCGAAAACACUAUCAGUGUCUUGUUUGGUAAUAAGGAUGGAACCUUUCAGACUCAAAUUAAGUAUGGCGCUGGUAACGGACCGGUUGUUGUAGUAUCUGCUGAUUUUAAUCUUGAUAAAAUAAUGGAUAUAGCAGUGCUCAAUCAAUACUCUAACAACAUUAAUAUACUGUUUGGCGACGGGAACAUGACGUUUCCUACACGCAAUAGCUUAGUAACGGGUAUUUGGCCAAGCGCUAUAAUAGUGGAUGAUUUCAACAAUGACGGAAAAUCAGAUCUGGCAGUGAUUAACGAAAGAUCUAAUACGUUCAUGAUUUAUCUCAACUCAUGCAUAUAA